UGACUGCAUGGAAAAUUGAUAUUAAUUUCAAAGAAGAGCGGAUUUGUCAGUUUGCGAAAAAUGGGCCUGGUUCAGUUUUCUUGGGUGGCACAACUUUAGAUUUCGCCGAGCAUUGUAGAGAAAAGAUGGAAGCAGUAAAAAUUGCGAUGAAGAAUACUGACUCUUCUCAGAAGGACUCUGAGAAUGUCAAAUGUACUCGGAAUGAAUCUGGGAGCACGGAUAUACAAGAAGAAGAUUUAAAAUCUGACAUACAAAAGAAACUCUCCAUGACAAGUUGUCCUUACACGUGGGGUAUGGAGAAAUUACUGACAGACAAUGUAUUCGAAUGGGAGGAUACGGAUAGGGAGGAAAUCCUUUCCGAGAUAAUGGGAAUAAUGAUGAUGCUACUAAAAGCUAACGUAUAUGACAAUAAGAAGAAAAUUGACGAUGCCCUAGAAGAAAUACAGAAAGCAGAAGACGUUUUUAAACUUUUACUAGGAAGUAUACCAGAUGAUCAAAAAUAUUUAUUGAACGUCCUGCGGCAUAUCAUCUUUUCAACAAAAGGCCACGUCCUUUAUGGAGCGAAACAAUUUAAAGAGGCACAAAUCGCAUUAAAAGAAACCUACGUUCAUAAUGUUUUAAAUUUGACCGACAAGGAACUUGGUAGUUUGUACGGAUGCCAGGCAAUUGCCUGGUCAUUGUUCCGGAUUAAUACCGGACAAAAAACCCUGGAAUUAGUUAAACGGGCUAUUGAAAAAGAUAAUAAGAAUGCUCAUUGGUAUUUUUUUCUGGGCAAAACCUUGAGGCGUCUGAGGCGAUUCAACUUAUAUCGGACGUUUCCGUCUAAUGAAGAAAUGGAGGCUUUUGGCAAAGCCUUUUCGCUCUCGCAGUGCCCCACUAUGGGCAUUUACUAUGCACAAUCAAAAGCUGAAUCGAAGCAACAGUUCGAAGCACGUUCCAUUUAUACACAAAUUUUUAAUUUAGAGCAGAAAAGUUUCAAAGUACAGCUACGACUAGCCCUCGGAUUUAUACGCCUGAGGAUGAGCACUGAAGCCAAACAGUGUUUGAAUUUGGCAGGCCGAGAAAAUCCCGAAAAUGUGACGUAUUUGCACUACAUGGGGAUGUAUUUGGACUUAUGUUGCAAAAAAUCAAAGGAAGCCCUUGAUUAUUACAAACUAGCUGGCGAACGGGGAAAUAGUGCAUCGUAUUGGUCAUAUAUGAGUUGCAUGCGAAAAUUGAACAAGAAUUACAAUCCCCGAGAGGACUUAUGCAAAAUGUUGGACAAGUGCGAAGAAGAUGAUAACGUUUUAAAACAGAAGUUAUUGCUUCAUAUAGCGGAAUGUUACGAAUAUAUGGAUCGUGACAUGAAUCAAGCAGCUGAAUACUACCUGAAAGCUGUAACAAUUGAUCCAAAAGGAGCAAUCCUAAACGAACAUUCGAGUAUUCUAAAUUGCACACAUUUAAAUGCAUGGAAUAGUAUAGAACAUAAUGUGCUGCGAAGACUGGCAGAUAAAAACUCUAUCCUAUAUAAAGAGUUAAUGAAUUUCUGCCGAAGAAGGAAGGAAUACGAAAAGUUACCGUUCACGAAGGAGUUGCAGAACAUAGCACUUUGAAUCUCUCAAAUCCUACUCUACGGUAUAAUUAUAGUUCUUGUUCUCUAUGCGUGCUUGAAAACCGUUUCAACGAAUACGAUGGCCCAAUAAUCGUAGUACAGGGUACAGAAGAUUAUUUUUCAUAAAAAUUAGCGGAAUAAGACACUCUGUUACCGAGGGAAACUAUUUCGAAAGUUUGAUGGAUACAUGUGCACUUAACGGAUUAUAAAUCUUAAACUUGGUGUGGAAUACAACAUUUAAAAAAAAAUGGAAAAAAAAAUUUAUAUUGCGUAAUUUUGACUUAAUUUGAUACAAAUAAUUACCUUUGACGAUCAUUGUAAUGCCUUGGCUUACGCGUACAUGUAUUCCAAAAUGGAAGAAAACAUCCAUUGACGUGCAAGAUUAUAUCCCUUGUCAGCAGGCUUCGUGCUGAGUUAGAUAAAUCGAUAAACAAUAGUUUCGCUAUUAUAUUCGCCAGAGAUGCCUUCUCGGUACGUAGUCAACUUACGAGUUUAGCAGUAUACUGAGCAAAUUUUCGUACUUAUUCUUAUACUUGUUCAAGCGACUGCUUAUUCUUACUCCUGUUGGUCCUUUCGCCCUGACUCUUACUCCUGUCAAAGUAAUUUUGUACUUAUUCUUACUCCUGUUGGUCCUUUCGUGUUGAAGUCCUUUCACAAAAAUCUAGGAGAAGAAUAAUAAUUAUUCGAAAUAGAUGUACUCGUAGAUCAUGUUCAGGGCUUAGUAUCUUCUGAAAUUCGUUUUAAUUAGAGCGAAUCGCUGGACGCGGAACAAGAAUAAGGUUGGUUUAGUAGAUUUUGUAAUACUAAACAUCCAUGGAGUAGAAAAUAGUAUUAAGCCUGAACGUUCCAAAUGUAACAAAAAAAGGAGCCGCUGGUAGGGAAAUUGAGAUGUACUUUUCCUUUGGCAUUCGACUGUUGUCAGUCUGAAGUGUACAUCUCUGUGAGCAGUGAUUGAAAAUAUGACGGCGAAAUACCUGGGCGACAAACAAAGUUUCAAUAAGAUCACCUCUAUUGGAAAUAUGAAACUUCGUUUAUUGCCCAGAGUGACGAUUUUCGAUUGAUUUACAAAUGGGGGUGUUCGAGAGUUCAGUUUCGUUUUCUCUGGAUUUAUUAAUAUCUACACUAAUCCAUUUGCAGUAUUAACACUUUGACUGCCACGCGCAUUUUAUUUGACUGCUAUGUUACCCGAAUAUGGGUGACAUAGCAGUCAACGUGUUAAUGCCGAGUGAGAGAGAACAUUCAAAAAUUACAUUGCCAAAUCGAAUCACUUGAUAUUAGUACUUGACAAGUAAAUGCUUGAGACUUAUUCAUGUUUUUCAUUAUGUAACCGUUAAUGAGGGAUGAAAUCAAUCGAACAAAGUUAUUAUUAGAAUUAAUUAUCGUGACUAGGGUUUACUGCGUUGUUUUUUUGUUUAAUCAUCUGGAACCGACCUUUCUAUUAGUAAACUAGUAUUACAACAAAUUAGUAUUCUACUAGUUUGAAAAUUGGUUUAACUUCAGUGUUAUUUCUAUGUUGAAUUGUGGCACGAUUAUUCGAAAAUAUCUUUGAUCCUGUUUAACAUAUGCUAAUCGCAAGGAAAUUCUAAUUUUACAAAUGUGUGU